AUGCAAGUAGAGAAACCAAACUAUUCAAGCAACAAUAAUUAUGUUUAGAAUAAUUAGGGUGAGUCUGAAAUAUCUCAAAGCAGUCCCCAUAAAGAAGUUCAAUCGAUUCAUAUUAAGAUGAAAAACUAAAAAGAUCAGCGCAGAGAACAUUAAUUACCACAUAUAGCAUAGGAAUAGAAUAAAUAAAAUUAAGAUUAUGAAAAUUAAGUAAAUAUAAACAAACUUAAUAGUAGCAGUUCUCGAAUAGGUAGUCAAACAAAAAUUGGAGGAUAAAAUAAAUAAAAGGUUUAUAAAUAAGAAGAUAGCAAUAGAAGACUCUCAGAGAGAAAAGAUGUUCCUAUUUUUAAUGUUAUUCAUGUUGAAGAUUUAAAAGGUUAAAAAUAAGAAAUGGAGCUGAUGAAUAAUGUGAAUGAUAUUGAAGAGGAGACUUUGCUAUCACCUUCAAAUAAAAUAAUAAAAAGCAAAUUUUCUGUGGAUAACACAUUAUUUAGUUUAUUUUUUACCUUGAUUACUAUUGCAGGCAUAAUUCUCUUUAUAAUUGAAGAUAUGUAUUGGCUAAUUAUAUUAGGUGCUACUUUAUAUUAUUUAGAAUGUCUAUGUACUAGCUUUUUAGAUAUAUUUGAGAAAACUAUUUCUGACAAUGAAUUUUAUUUUUUAUAUAAAAAUGCUCUCAAUGAAGAACCGCAUAUACAAUUUAAGGCAUCAGCAUUUAUGAUAGUUGUAAAAAGUAAAAAUAAGCAAAAUAACCCCUGUAAUACAAAUAUUACUAACAAUAAUAACACAUAGUAAUAAGGAUAGCAAUAAGCUAAUAACUCAUAAAAGCAAUGCUCACAAAACAAUAAUAAGUAAUCAAAAGUAUAAGAAUUUAUUAGAGUAAGAGAACUCGUUUAUUCAGAGUAAAGAUCUUUUGAUUUUUCUUAGCAUAAAGACUUCAGUCAUCCUUUGCAAGCCCAAAAAGAAUUCUUUUAAUCUCAUGCAUUAAUAAGAAUAAAACCUGUAUUAUAUUGGAGGUGUGGAAAUACAGAAACUUAAGAAGCUUAUGAAAAGAUGUAAAAUGAAGUAAUUGAAAUAUCCAGACAGAGGUCUGAUGACAUAGAAAAAGCUGAAUUUAGCUACACCAUACCAUUUUUAAAUAAUGAUUUUAUAGUGAAAAGCUCUGGAAAGUCUUCCCCAAUCUUCUUCAACAGAAUUUCUUAUUAUAUUUUCUCCCUUUUAUUUUUAUCAUUUCCCUUCAGAAUCUACUAUCUAAAUUCUAUCCGCACCCUUGAGCUCUACAUAUGCAAAAAAGUUUUUAUUUGA